AUGGCGUCCAGCUCUAAGCUGAGCCAUGCCGUCCCGGUCGCCAACACUGGCGCGCCGGCGACACUGCCCGCCGACGCGCUGUUCGAGGUCCUGCUGCGCCUCCCGGCCAAGGACAUCUGUCGCCUCCGCGCCGUCUGCCGGUCCUGGCGCGCCCUCACCUCGGAUCCUCACUUCGCCGCGGAGCACAAGUCCCGCCACACGGAGCCCUUCUUCGCGGUCACAUUCAGGGACGGCGACGUCAGUGGCGUCGCCAUCGUGAGCCUGUCGGGGCAGAUUCUUAGGCGGAUAAGCUUUGCCUCCGAUCGCAUCGAGUUGCUGCUUACCCACCUCGACCGCCUCUGUGUCAUCAGGAUGUGCAAACCCUCGUUGGCUGCCUGGGUUCUCAACCCGGCCACCGCAGCUCACCUCACUUUGCCGGGUCUCCAUUCAGAUGAAUUUGUGGGCAGUUGCAUAGAGCGGAGAUUUGAUUUUGGUUCUUAUGUCACGCACAACUGCAAGACGGUCACAUAUGCUUUUGGACAGGUUGCUUCCACAGGAGACUACAAGGUACUCCGCAUCAGCCAUCCCCAUCCUGAUAACUCGCAACCUCAGCUAUGUGACAUCAUCACCCUUGAUGGGAGUAGUCAGGGAAGGUGGAGGAGAAAACAGAACCCACCCAGGGACCUUUGUAGAGAAGAAAUCGUGGAAUGCUUAGCUGUCAAUGGGGUUGUGCAUUUCUUCUUUGAUUAUGGUCUUAUGGAACCAACCAGCAUAGCUCCAUUCAACCUCGAUACGGAAAAGUGGAUGCCAACACUUCGGGGUCCAGAGCCAUUGCGAAGUGCUAAGUUUGGCUUCAUCUAUGAGCGAGCGGUCUCAUUAGCCAACUUAAAUGGCAGCUUGGUUAUAGUUGACAAUGAUUUUGGUAUCUCUAAUCACGACCUAUGGUUUAUUGUGGAUCACAAGAGAGGUCUUUGGGUUAAAAAGUACAGCUUAAGUGUUGAGCAGAUUUGUGACUAUGCACGUCCUUUACUGAUAUUGGAUGAUGGGAGGAUAGUCGUUUUCGAUAUGGUAAAGAGAUUGUUACAAUGCUAUGAUCCAACAACUGGCAAUUUAGCAGAUGUGUUGGAUUUUGGGGCGAUCGGACUUGCAGAAUCUCAAAGCAUUGCGGUUUACACAGGAAGCCUGUUGAUCUAG